AUGUCAUUCACUAACAUGAUGAGCAAAGNNGGCACUCUCCACCUUAGGGUCUGCUUGCUCGAUGGCAAUAUUGAUAUCCAACCAGCAUUUCGCAGCAAGGACAUGCUGGACAACGAGGUAACCAGAUACAUCAGAUCGCUUGUGGAUACCAUUCAGCUUUGCAUCUUGAACCCGAAAAUCACGAUCGAGGACUCAUUACGACCUACAUCGAGUGAUCUGGACGAGAUCUGGCGAUAUAACAAUGAAGUGCCACCAACUUAUGAUUUCUGCAUGCAUGAGAUGGUUUCUGAGCGAGCUCAGCAAUUUCCUGACAAAGUCGCAAUUGACUCCUGGGACGGCACUUUGACGUUUGGACAAAUCGACCAAUAUUCCACUUCCAUGGCACAAUGUCUGGUCACCGAGGGCGUGCGACCACACGAUAUUGUACCGCUGUGCUUUGAAAAAUCACGAUGGGCCAUUGUUGCUGUACUGGCAACCAUGAAAGCAGGAGCGACCUUUGCAAUGAUGGAUCCAUCACUUCCGCUUGCUCGACUCCAAAAUAUGGCUGUGCAAAUUGGUGCANAAAUUAUCGUCUCCUCGCGCAUGCAGAAUGAUUUUGCCAAAUCUAUUCUGUCAGAUGCACCACAUCUCAUUAUCGAAGAAGAUGCUUGCAAACAAACCGUUCCUGGAAGCUUGAAUAAGCUUCUGCCCGUCGACCCUAACACUCUAAUGUACAUUAUCUUCACGUCUGGCAGCACUGGUACGCCAAAAGGUGUCACGAUCUCUCACAAGACAUACACCAGUAGUGCGAUCCCCCGAGCGAAAGCAGUUGGCUAUACCGAGAAGUCCAGAGUUCUCGAUUUUGCAUCAUAUGCGUUCGAUGUCAGUAUCGACAGUAUGUUCCUGACAGUAGGCAACGGCGGUUGUCUUUGCAUUCCCUCGGACGAAGAUCGUUUGAACGACAUCAAUAGUGUGAUCAGAGACAUGAAAAUCAACUACGCAGGCAUUACACCGUCUAUGGCUCGAAUUUUGGAUCCAGAUGUUAUCAAAUCACUUGAUGUUCUAGGUCUUGGAGGUGAAGCUGCAUCUGCCAGAGAUGUCAACUUCUGGGGUCAAGACACCAGAAUCGUUAUUGGCUAUGGACCUUGCGAAUGCACUAUUGGAUGCACGAUCAACAGCGAUACUGCGACUGGCAGAGACUACAUAUCUAUCGGCACUGGUAACGGAGCUUGUAUGUGGAUCGUAAACCCCGAUGACCACGAGCAACUUAUGCCUGCUGGUGCCGUCGGCGAACUGCUUGUCGAGGGCCCCAUUGUCGGUCAAGGCUACCUGAACGAUCCUGAGAAGACCGCAGCCGUCUUCAUCAAUGACCCUGCUUGGCUUGUCAAAGGUCAUGGCAAGUAUGCUGGUCGUCGUGGUAGACUAUACAAGACCGGAGAUCUCGGAAAAUAUGAUCCUGAUGGUUCUGGUGGUAUCAUUUUUGCUGGACGGAAAGAUACUCAGGUCAAGCUCCGUGGUCAACGUGUCGAGUUGGGUGAAAUUGAAAGCCAGUUUGGAGCAAGACUGCCUUCUGGUACCACAGUGAUUGCUGAGGUUGUUGUACCACAAGGAACAGGCGGUCAAGCUACGUUGGUUGCAUUUGUUGCACCUGUAGCCUCAAAGGGGCACGUCCAGACAAACAUCGGCUCGAUUAAACUUCCGCAUGAGCUACGACAAGCUCUUGCAAAGGCUGAUGCAGAGGUUAAGGAGGUUCUGCCUCGCUACAUGGUGCCGACUUCGUAUAUCCCGGUUAAUCACAUUCCAGUCUUGAUUUCUGGAAAGACUGAUCGCAAGCAAUUGAAGGCUUUCGGCACUACUGUAGAUUUGAGAGACCUUGGCCAAGACUCUAGUGAGGCCAGCCGUGAGCUCAACGACCUAGAAAAGCGUCUGCAGCAGGCCUGGAGUCAAGUGUUGAAUCUGGACGCCGCAGGCAUUGGUCUCAAAGACAACUUCUUUGCCCUUGGAGGCGAUUCUCUGGCAGCGAUGAGACUUGUAUCGACCUGCAGGACGCAAGGGCUCAUCUUGUCGGUCAUUGACACAUUUAGCAACCCAGGUCUUUCUGCCAUGGCUAGCGUUGUUAAAGUCGGUCGUGCUCAGACACAGGAGGAGCUUUUGCCAUUUUCCACCAUUACGCGCUCAGUCAACGAUGCUCGUCUCGAAGCAGCGCAAGCUUGUGGGACCGAUGCUGCGAAGGUCGAGGACAUCUAUCCCUGCACCCCAACACAGGAGUCGCUAUUUACGUUUUCGCUCAAGUCGAAAGAACUCUAUCUCGCUCAGAGAGUAGCAUCUAUACCUCAAGAUAUGGAUGUCGACGCAUUGAAGAAGGCUUGGGGCAAAGUCGUCGCCGCCAAUCCUAUUCUUCGCACUCGUGCUGCGCAGCUUGAUGAGCCUGGACUUCAGCAGGUUGUGUUAAAUGAGGAUAUAUCUUGGAGACAUGCCACCAACCUGGAGCAGUAUCUGGAAAGCGACAAGAAUGAGAGAAUGGAUCUUGGUCAAAACCUGGCCCGCUAUGCCAUCAUUGAGUCGGUAGAGACUGGCAAUCGUUAUGUGGUCUGGAGUGUUCAUCAUCUGCUGUAUGAUGGAUGGUCGGAGCCACUAAUCCUUGUGCAAGUCAGCGAUGCUCUUCGUAAUCAGCCUUUCGAGAGCCCAGCUCGCAUGAGAGAUUUUGUCGAGUACGUCCGUGAGACGGAUGAAGAGGCCAUGCAAGAAUUCUGGAGACAGGAGCUAAAGGGUGCUGUCGGACCUCAAUUUCCUUGCAUGCCAUCCAGGGACUUUGUUCCCACCCCUGAUGCUAUGGUCGAGCGUAUCAUACCACUUGAGACUGGUGUUGGGUUUCCUUUCACACUGGCAACACUCAUUCGUGGUGCAUGGGCACUCGUAGCUUCGCAGUACUCAGGCAGUGAUGAUGUCUUGUUUGGUGAGACGCUGACUGGGCGUGACAUUGCACUCAGUGGAGUCGAGAGUAUUGUUGGUCCUCUGAUUGCUACAGUACCCAUCCGUAUUCGUAUCAACAGAAACAGCACACUCGAGUCUUUCUUGCAAUCCGUCCAGCAGAGCAUCCUGGCUAGAACCCCUUACCAGCAUAUGGGAUGGCAGAACAUCAGAAAGGUUAGCCAAGAUGCCCAACAUGCGUCAGAGGCACCGACUGGUCUAGUCAUCCAGCCCGAGCCCGAGUACGUGGGCAAUGAUCUUGGCUUCCAGCUUGGAGACGUGGUCCGUGAAGCACUCCACUUCAACCCCUAUCCUCUCAUGGUUGGAUGUGGAAUUCGAAAAGGUGGCUUCAGAGUCUGUGCCAACUUUGAUAGCAGUCUGAUUGAAGUCUCUCAGAUGGAACGUAUCCUUGCACAGCUGGAAGUCGCUUGUAGGCAAUUGACCAAGGAUCUUUCGGGACCUGUGAGUGAGGUCAGCUGCCUACCAGAGGAAGAAUUGAACCAGAUUUGGCAAUGGAACCAAAUUCCACCCUUGGCUUAUGACGAAGCAGCAAAACGCCUGGGCACAGUUACAGGUACAAAGCAGGGCUCUGUCUAUCCUCCUGCGGCCGUGGCAUGGGUAUGUGAUCCUCGUAAUCCUUCUAAGCUGGUGCCCAUCGGCUCUGUGGGUGAGCUCUGGCUUGAAGGAAAUUCCCUCCCUUGCGAGACCCUUGAGUCACCCACUUGGCUUCUAGCUGGAAGUCCUUCAUAUCCCGGUCGUACUGGCAAAGUACAAGCUACAGGCGAUUUGGUUGAGCUGCGUGCUGACGGAAGCUUGACCUUCAUUGCGCGCAAGGAUAACUUCUUGCCCAUUCAAGGCCACUUAGUCGACUUUGCCGAGCUUGAGGCACAUAUUGCUAGAUACCUGCCGCCCGCUACCCGUGGCGUCACCACAGUCCUGCACUCGGAAUCAGAGGCCAACCAAGAGAUCGUGGUCUUUAUUGAUCAACAGCCAUCUCUCGAAGAUAGUGUCAACGUCCUACCUGAAGACCACAAAGUGCUUGAGUCGGAAGUGUCGAUCCGUGCUAGCAUCCCGGUCGAACUUGCCGUUGCAUUGAAGAAGCUUGACAAGCACAUCCAUGACUCACUGCCUUCCUACGUCGCACCGUAUGCAUACAUUGUGGUAGACAACUUGCCUACCAAUAACGCAGGUCAGAUCGACCGCGAGACGCUGGAGAACAUGGCUUCGAAAAUANCCCCCAACGUUGUCAGUCAGCUCCGCUGGGGGCUUGAGCAAGCUUGGUCAACGAAUAUAGCUCAGGUCAAGCUGACAGUAUCAGAGGACAUCCUCCGGACAGCUUGGGCCAAGAUCCUCCGGAUCAGCGCAGACAAGAUUGACGUUGAUGACAACUUCUUCCGCCUCGGAGGCGACUCCGUGUUGGCGAUGAAACUAGUGUCCAGUCUUCGUGCUCAAGGACAUGCUCUGUCAGUAGCUGACAUCUUCCAGCACAUGCGUCUUGGAGGUGCUGCUAAGGUGUUGAAGUUGGAUGCCAUCUCGAAAGCUAAGAAACACAUACAAACGUACAAGCCUUUCUCUACGCUAGAUGUGUCGAACGUCGAGAGCUUCUUGUCCAAGAUUGUCAGACCCAAGCUUGCCGAUCAGGACUGGGUUGUACGCGAUGUGCUUCCAGUGACUGACACCCAGGCACUCGAUAUCAAGCAAACCAUCUCACCACCACGGACGUCACUCCAAUAUACUACUUUGAUCUUUGGCAAGAACAUUGAUAGUGAGAAAUUGCUCAAUGCUUGCAAGCAGCUCGUCCAGACGCACGACAUCCUUCGCACUGCCUUCAUACAGCACGAUUUGACUUUCUACCAAGUCGUAAUGGAGAGUCUGGAUGAUGUGAUUGUCACUAAGAAAGUCGAAGGUGAUUUGAAACAACAGGUCACAGAUAUUUGCACUACAAAUAUUGAGGGAGAGUUUGCGUUCGGCAGUGCCUUUGCCAAAAUCUUGCAUGUCCAAAGCAGUGAUGGGCAAGAAGGUCUCAUUUUACGUCUUUCGCAUGCUCAGUAUGACGGUGUAUCAUUGCCAGCACUCCUCACUGACCUUGAGACGUUGUACACAGGUGGCAGGGUUACCAGUGAGCCUUUCGCUACCUACAUCUCAGCUACGCUAGAGUCCUCUGUGCAGGAGAAAUCUCUGACAUACUGGAAAGGUUUGCUCUCUGGCUCUUCGCUGUCAUCUUUGAAUACUUCUACCGGAGAUGACGACAAGGGCUUAUUCAAGUCUGCUUUGGUAGACAUGGCAAACAAACCCUCAGAUGUAACGACCGCCAACAUCCUCACAGCAGCAUGGUCUCUCGUCCUAGCACGCCGCCUUCAGACCCACGAUGUCGUCUUUGGUGCGGUAACCUCCGGUCGUAAUAUCUCGGGCCUGGCAAAUGCAGACAGCAUCAUGGGUCCCUGCUACCAACUCAAUCCGGUCCGCGUCAUUCUCUCCGCUUCCCAAGACACAGUCACACUUCUCCGCAACAUCGCUACUCAAGUUGCCGAGUCCAACGCCCACGACUUUGUAGGAUAUUCACGUAUCGCUGCAGCAGUUGGUUGGGAUACUAGCUCUGGCUUUGAUAGCUUGGUGCAUCAUCAAGAUGAUGAAGAUGAUGUGGACACUAUGCCAUUUGCAGGUGGUGUUUGUGCUGUUGAUUUAGUGAAGCCGCAUGGAGAUAGUCCGAAGCCAUUCAAGGUUGUGAGUUUUGUCAAGGGUGGGGAGACAUAUGUUGGUGUUGUUGGUUCUGAGAGGGAAGCCGCGUUCGUCGAGGAAGUUCUGCAAGAGUUAGUGGCAACUGUCAAGGAGAUUCUCAACGGUGGUGUUCUGGAGAUCCAGAUUGGAAAAUGUUGA